AUGCCCUCUCUUAGUGCUACCGCCGCGAGGGGUAUCAAUCGGACGCCUUUAACCCCCAAGAUAGCCUCGGCCUCCAGAACCCUUCAGUCCCAGACAUCCAGCAUCUCUACCGCUGCCCCUACCUCUAAAGCCAAUGUUACUACUACACCUUUACCUAGACGUACACAACAGCGUCCCACGUCUUUCAUAGCCACCGAUAAUGGCUCAAAUCAAGCGCUGUACGAUGACCCCAGCUCUGUCUCGGCAGCUGCCUUCAGCCCUCACCUAAACAGUAAUGUUACGCCUCGCUCGGGGUCUAGACAGAACCGCGUCGACAGCGCAAGCAGCACCCCCACUGGUACCCCGAUUCAUGAUCGCUCUGAUGGCUUCCCAUUCUCGCCGGAUAUGGGGCGGAGGCCAACGGUUACCUUCAACGCCGUCAGUCCAGAUAGGAAUAUGCCCUUGAAACAAGAUAUUGCGAAUUCCAAAGACUCCAAGUUCUUUCAUGCUAGCGAUGCAAAGAUGGCACGGCCGACGAGUGCGUCCAAGAUGGCGUCCCCGAAAAACCCAACCUUCUUCUAUGCUAAUGGCAAUGGCAUCGGAUCCAAGCCAACUAGUCCCGCAACGCUAUCACCACCGUUGUCACCUGGCUUGAAUCGGAGUCAGGAGAGCAAAUUCAUGUAUGCAAACGGCACGCCCGAGGUUCGGCCUUCACCCCAGCCUACGCUAUCCCGUGGAUCGGGUUCAAAUGGGUCCAUCUCUUCGAAAGGGCCUACUGUUCGUCCGACGAUGCCCUCACGACCAGUCUCGCCCAGCAAACUACCAUUGCAUUCUCAAUCAUCUUACAGGAACAGUACGGGGUCGCAAAGUGCAACUAUGCAUGCCGCAGCUGCAUCUACGGCCCGUGGUCAAGUUUCUCCGCCACUCAUGUCACCAAACCCGGCACUGCGCCGUCCAGGUACUGCAACUUCGCGAUCUAGCGGCCAUUCACGUUCAGGUAGCUUGGUGAAAGGAGACGGCGCUGUUGAGUCGCUGGCACCCAUGACACCCUCCCCUAUGGGUCUCUUUCCUCCUGCAAACCUCUCCCCUACGAAAGCUCCGCCGCUGACGUUGGCCUCCAUUAUCCAAGCAGCUGAAGAAUUUACAGAGAAUGAGCCGGACCUCGACCACGAGGAUGAGCACGAGCAUGAGGACAUUGCUUCACCUGGCGAUCAAUCAGUGCUGCAAAGCCCCACUAAGUCAACUGGGUCGUCAGCAGAUCCUCUAACCGAGUUGAUCGCUAACGCCCGAAGAGAACGGAAGGUUCAAGACUUGCAGAUUAGGAAUGCGUCCCUUGAGGCCAUUAAUCGCUCCCUGGAGCGCCAAAUGCGGAAACAGACAGCCGAGUUGCGAAGAUUCCGACGCCUUUCGCGCGCAGGUCACUUAUCUUUGGCAUCCACCACUUUGUCUAGCCGUGCACCGUCUGGGGCCAUCUCAGAGCUGGAUUGGGAGUCUUUAGGAUUAUCAGAUCUUAGUGAAGAAGACCUAUCUAUGCGAGAGCUGGAAGAUGAGUCACUGUCAGACACUGAAUCUGUAUCAUCUGACUUGAGCGCUAGUGUCCUCGAAGCACGCGAUGAAAAGCAUCGUGAACGAGAUGAGGAACGACUGAAACUUGAUUUAUCCAAACACCAGCAAAUUCUCAUUGAUUCGCAAAAGAUCAACCAGAGCAUCAAGAGAUGUCUUAACUGGACCGAAGAGCUUAUCAAUGAGGGCAAGAAAGCACUCGAAUACCAGGUCAGAGUUAGUGAGAUACGACUGGGCGGCAGAGUAUUGGACCCGCUGGAUGAGGAAGAAGAGAGUUCGAAGCUGCCUCUUCCUGAUGACACGGCUCCAUCUGAAGUCAAGCCCACAGAAGUAGCCGAGACCCCAGCAACUUGGGGAAUAGAACCACAAGACCGAGACAGCGGUAUAGAACUUCCUAGAGAUGGGGGUUGA